AUCGGUGAAGCCGGCCAUUGGGCUGGUGCUGGACGGCUUCCUCUAGAUUCUUUUUCUUUUCUCUGACAGACAACUCAUCUGCUAUGGGUGCACGGUCGAGGUGGGAAUCCGGCACGUUCCUCCAGGCAUCUUCUUUUCGGAUUCACUCUGAAAAAGUCCCCGCAGAACUUCGCUCUCUUUCUUCCUCCAAGCCCUCACCGCCUGCCUCUCCGUCUCCCGGGAAUCCCUGUUGUCCCUCUGCCGCCGGUCGUCUUGAGAAUGACUUUCAUCCCCGGGUACAGCAAGCUUGGGUACGACGAGAGCGAUAAUUUCGGGGUCGACUGGGUUCUCCAGUAUCAAUUCAACAGUACCGACGUAGAUGAUGCCGUGGAUGAGCUCCGCAAUCUCAUCUACGAACUCGAGGAGGCCGGCCUUCGCACCCAGGUGCGCCAUGGCCCUGGGAAUUCGUCGCUGCUGGUGUUCAUCAGAGUUCCCCGAGAUCGCUUGGAGAGCAUGAUGUAUAAUUCAAGAGUAAAAGACUAUCUGUUUGGAAUCGUCCACCAUCUUCCCGUGGAUGGCAGUCAGCCCGUCGUUGCAGCGAAUCCUGCGGAGGAAAUACGAUCCGUCUACCAUGCAGUCACCUGGCAGAAAGAAUUGGGCGGUGCGGGAAUCACACCAAAGUUCGGGAAAUGGAAGAAUGUCGUGUCGUCGUUUCCGCUUCACAAUCAGGCUUCCAACGGGGAGCUGUUACGCCGGUGGAGCAAGACGACUACGUUGACCGAAAGUGAUCUGGAUGCUAUUCGUGACCUAUUCGGUGAAAAGGUCGCAUACUACUUUGCGUUCAUCCAGUGCUACUCCCUCUUCCUCAUCUUCCCUGCGGCAUGGGGCAUCAUCUGCUGGCUUUAUUUCAGUCCGUACUCGAUCGCCUUUGCUCUGGCGAACUGUGUCUGGUGCAUUGUCUUUGUCGAGUACUGGAAGAUGCGAGAGACGGACCUAAGUCUCCGCUGGGGCGUCAAUGGCGUGCGCGCUCUGAAGGUGAAUCGUGUCCAAUACGUCUGGGAUAAAGAGGUCAAAGACCCGAUUACUGGUGAAAUCAAGCGGGUAUUCUCGACCCGGAAGCAGCUUCUUCGACAGCUUCUAUUAAUUCCGUUUGCCCUGGUGGCCUCUCUAGCCUUGGGAACUCUCAUCGUGGUGACUUUUGCCCUGGAAGUUUUCAUCUCGGAACUCUAUGACGGGAAUCUUAAAGGAUAUCUCGAAUUUCUUCCCACUGUUCUCUUUUCCCUCUCCUUACCGACGAUCACAUCCUUCCUGACGAUGAUUGCUACACGGCUGACCGACUACGAGAAUUAUCGGACUAGCGACGAAUACGAUUUGGCACAUACACAAAAGACGUUCGUGAUGAACUUUAUCACAUCGUUCUUGCCAACCAUCUUAACCGCGUUUAUCUACGUACCGUUUGGCGAGAGAAUCGUUCCAUACCUGUCGCCAAUCAAGAAGCCGGAUAUCCACGUCGACCCCAACCGGUUGCAACAGGAGGUGAUAUAUUUGUCGGUCACAGCCCAGGCACUCAACUUUGGCGAAGAAGUCGUCCUUCCGUAUGUCAAGCGCUCCCUGUGGGAGAGAUGGAGGGAGUACCGUACGCAGCGCCAGAAGGUUAUGAGGCCUCGGACUUAUUCCAUGCGCACCGACAUGCUGAUCGUCGAUCCUCCGGAAGAAACGGCGUUCCUGAAACGCGUCCGCAACGAGGCAGAAGCGGAUAAAUACAGUGUGCAAGACGACAUCCUCGAGAUGUGCGUACAGUUCGGCUACCUGGCCCUCUUUGGCGUUGCAUGGCCACUGGUGCCGCUGGGCUUCCUCCUGAACAACUGGCUAGAGGUGCGCGGAGACUUUUUCAAACUGGGCCUGGAAUGCAAGCGACCGCCACCGACGCGGACGGACACCAUCGGACCGUGUUUGCAGGGACUCGAGUUCCUCUCGUGGCUGGGCACACUCUCGUCGUCGGCCAUCGUGUACAUCUACCGCGGCAGCAUGCAGGAAGUGCGGUUGUCGUACCUUCUGCUGAUCGUCUUUAUCGCCGAACAGUUGUACCUGAUGGUGCGUGUGGCUGUCCGUGCAGCAUUGCACAAGCUCGGCUCAGAUACGGUUCGUCGCGAGGCGGCCAGGCAAUACGCCGUGCGCAAAAGCUACCUCGAAGCGCGCAUAGGGUCAGGCAACACGGGUCCAUCCAGCCCAUCUGGAAAGUCCAAACCGGCAGUCCGGUUUAAUGAAUACGUGACCGUGUACCCGCCCGAUACGGACACGGACACGGCGAAGGCUGGCGAUAUGGACGGUAUAAAGAAGGAGCUGACUGCGGGGAUCUACCGACGCACGUCGGAACGGGGGACAGAGUUCUGGUCGUUACAGCAGACGAGCGAGGAGGCUACGCAAGCGGGCAUCAAGCUGAUCAAGGCACUAGGGUCGACAAAGCAUUUGGAGCCAAAGCAUAGGAUGACUAAGAAAGAGUAGUGUUCACUAGUUAGCUAUAAAUGUUAUAAAUGUUAUGAAUGUUGUAGAUGUUGCAGCUGCCAUAAAACAAG